AUGCCGAUCCCUCCUCCCCCGCCGCCGCCGCCUGGCCCCCCGCCGCCUCCCACCUUCGGUCAGGCGAACACAGAGCCACCGAAACUGAGCCGAGAGGAGCAGCGGGGCCGUGGGGCCCUCCUGCAGGACAUCUGUAAAGGGACCAAGUUAAAGAAAGUGACACAAAUCAAUGACCGGAGUGCACCAAUCCUAGAGAAGCCCAAGGGCAGUGGCGGCGGCAGCUACGGCUCUAGCUCAGCUGCGAUCCAGCCGAAGGGCGGCCUCUUCCAAGGCGGUGUGCCCAAGCUCAGACCCGUGGGAGCGAAGGACAGCUCAGACAGCUCCAGUAAGCAAACCCUGCAAGUCCCCAGCUCCCGAGCAGCCGCCCCCAGGCCCCCGGUGCCGGCCAGCAACAGCCGACCUCAAGAUGAUGCUGACAACAGCCGGGCCUCUCCCCCGGAGCUGCCGCGCACGCAGAGGCCCUCCCUGCCGGACCUCUCCCGGCCCAACACCACUGGCAGCACCGGCAUGAAGCACAGCUCGUCCGCCAGCAAACCCCAAGUCCCCAGCUCCCGAGCAGCCGCCCCCAGGCCCCCGGUGCCGGCCAGCAACAGCCGACCUCAAGAUGAUGCUGACAACAGCCGGGCCUCUCCCCCGGAGCUGCCGCGCACGCAGAGGCCCUCCCUGCCGGACCUCUCCCGGCCCAACACCACUGGCAGCACCGGCAUGAAGCACAGCUCGUCCGCCCCGCCGCCUCCCCCUUAUCGGCAACCCCCCGGUGUCCCCAACGGCCCUUCCAGCCCCAUCAACGAGUCUGCCCCGGAGCUGCCGCAGAGACACAACUCCUUGCACAGGAAGACGCCGGGCCCUUUGCGGGGUCUUGCGCCGCCGCCGCCUGCUUCAGCCUCCCCGUCUCUCCAGAGCAGUCGCCCCCCUCCGCCAGCCAGAGACCCCCCCAGCCGGGGAGCAGCUACGCGUGGGGCCCCCCCUCUGCCCCCCAUCCCCAGAUCCCGGCUCGGGCUGGGACCACACGUCCAGCUGCAGCCCAGGAGCCGGGCACGAGGACUUGGGGCGGACGCCGAGCCGAGCGCGGCCGGCUGUUGGACCAGAGCUGGCUCGGUGCCCGAUUCCUCGGGGCCGGAGCAGAGCGAGGGCUUGGCGAGGAGCUGGGAUGACUUUGAAUCCAAAUACUCCUUUCAUCCCGUUGAAGACUUCCCAGCCCCAGAAGAGUAUAAAUACUUCCAGAGAAUCUACCCCAGCAAAACAAACAGAGGCGACGACAACCUCUGCAACGUCCCCCGCGCCCUGCCCUGCUCCCCGGCCAAGCGCAGCAAGGAGAACCGGGGGCGCCGCUUGCUCUUCGGGGACCCCCAGGCCUCCCCCGAGAAGCCCAGCAGCCCGGGGCCGUCCCCACGGCACGGGGGGCAGGAGACCCCCCGGAGCUCGGGGCUCGGCGGGCAGCCUGCCCGCACCCGGCUCUUCAGGCAGGAAGGCCCCUGCUACCAGCAGGCGAAGCGGGUGCUGCACGCGGCUGUGCCCGACCGCCUCCACGCCAGGGAGAGGGAGAUGGGCAUCAUCCGGCAAUUCCUGCGGGAGCACGUCGGCGAGCGCCGGCCUGGCAGCCUCUACGUCUCUGGAGCCCCCGGGACGGGGAAAACGGCCUGUCUGAGCCGCAUCCUGCUCGACUGCAAGGAUGAGCUCGCCGGGAGCAAAACCAUCGUCCUGAACUGCAUGUCGCUGAGCAGCCCGCAGGGCGUCUUCCCCGCCGUGGCGCAGCAGCUGGGUCUGCCCGCGGCCGCCGGCCGGGAGGGCGUGCGGAGGCUGGAGAAGCAGCUGACGGCCCAGGGACCCAUGGUCCUGCUGGUGCUGGACGAGCUGGACCAGCUGGAGAGCAAGGGGCAGGACGUGCUCUACACCCUCUUCGAGUGGCCCCGGCUGCCCGGCUCCAGGCUCGUCCUCGUGG